AUGGGGAUUAUGAGAGAGAAGAAACGUCCAUUCUCUUCAGCAACUUCACCUUGUGCCCAUCUCAGGACUGCUUACCACAACUGCUUCAACAGGUGGUAUGCGGAGAAGUUUUUGAAGGGUGAGUGGAGCAAACAGGAGUGUGUUUCUGAGUGGGAGAAAUACAGAGAAUGUUUAUCUCAACAUUUGGACGAUAAGCAUCUGAGCCGGUUCUUGGAAGCUGAAGGCAUUGUAGAUUUCACCAAUCAAGCUGAGUAUAAAAAACCCACCGGCAAGGAAAAAACCAUAGACGAGAACGAAGCCUUAUAUGUGGUGGAGGAUGAAGAGCAAUUAUUCAAGAAUGGUCUUAAUUCAUGUAUACAAUUACCCUCCAAAUUACAGUUUUCAAUUAGGAUUGGGAAAGGUUGGAUUUCAAGAUAUUGGGCUUGCUACCGAGACUCUAAGACUUACUAUUCUGAAUUAAGAUUAGAUGCAUUAGUGGCUCUUAGAAAGAUCCAAGAGUGCGAAAAGCUUGGUAAAUAUGGGUUGUCUAAGAUAAUUGUCUCUCUAAGAAACAGACCAAUUUCUGCCAGCCACUUCAUAGUAAAAUUAUACUGCAGUUUUCUAGAUGCUGAGUAUUUGUCUCUUAUUAUGGAGUAUCUCCCUGGUGGCGACAUGAUGACUCUGCUUAUGAGAGAAGACAUGUCUGAAAGUGUGGCUAAAUUUUACAUUGCUCAAAGUGUACUGGCCAUUGAAUCCAUUCACAGGGACAUCAAACCUGACAACCUGCUCUUUGAUAAAAAUGGUCACAUGAAGCUCUCGGACUUCGGCCUUUGCAAACCUAUUGAUUGCCUAACUCUGUCUAGUGUUAAUGAAAAUGAGGCCAUGGAUGAUGAGAAUAUAAGAGAACCAAUGGAUGUUGAUGGCCGUUUUCCAGAUGCUGCUCAUGACUAUAUUGCUCCAGAAGUGCUAUUGAAGAAGGGAUAUGGCAUGGAGUGUGAAUGGUGGUCAUUGGGUGCAAUUAUAUAUGAAAUGCUUAUCAGCUACGCUCCAUUUUAUUCAGAUGAACCAUUGACCACUUACAGGAAGAUAGUUCAUUGGAGAAAUUACCUGAAAUCUCCCGAAGAUGCCAAAUUGAGGCAGAUCAAGAUACAUCUUAAUUCCAAAGAUUUAAGCUUUGUGGGCUACACAUACAAGAACUUUGAUGCUGUUAAGGAGGCAUUGCGUCAGUCAUCAGAUCUUAUCAGGAGUCCAUCACCAAGUCGGUCAUCAAUUGAUUCCAUAAUUGAUGAUCCCGAGGGGGACCAAACGAGGAAAGCAACAUCCGAGGAAAGAGACGUGCAAAUGAUCACAACAAUGGAUGAUGUGAUGUCACCAUGA